AUGCCGGAGGUUCAGUUUUUAGGGCACACCAUAAAAUCCCACGGGUCGAAGCUCCUCCGUGUUCACAUGCACGACUGGUCGAUCCUCCUUGUCCUCGCAGCAAUAGAUGCUGGUUUAAAUGCAAUUGAACCGUUUCAUCGUUACGUCAGCUCCAAUAUAAUGACUUAUCUAAAGUAUCCUUUGAAAAUAUCAGACACUGUGCCUAUGUGGGCUGUUCCGAUAUUUGCAGUACUUUUGCCCUAUGUCAAAUUUCUCUUAUAUUAUUUCUACAAAAGGGAUGUUUAUGAUUUGCACUAUGCUGUUUUGGGUCUUCUAUAUUCUGUUUUGGUAACUGCAGUCGUCACGGAUUCAAUAAAUGAUGCUGUUGGACGACCUCGUCCCAAUUUUUCCUACCGGUGCUUCCCAGGUGGUGUAGGGGUAUUUGAUCCUCUGAAUGGGGAUGUUAUGUGCACAGGAGAUGUAAAACUUGUUAGAGAAGGAUAUAAAAGCUUCCCAAGUGGGCAUUCCUCUUGGUCAUUUGCUGGUCUGGGAUACCUCUCAUGGUAUUUGUGUGGGAAAAUAAAAUUGUUUGAUGGAAGAGGCCAUGCUGCAAAACUUUGCAUUGUUCUCCUCCCAUAUCUCUUCGCCACACUUGUCGCAAUUUCUCAUGUGGACGAUUAUUGGCAUCAUUUUAUGGAUGUAAUUGCUGGAUCAUUAGUAGGCCUAUUGGUAUCUUCGUUUUGCUAUCUGCAAUUCUUCCCAUUCCCACAGGACAUCAAUGGAUGGGCAACUCAUGUAUUUAUCAGAAUUUUGGAAGAAAAUGGUCUUCAUUCCUCGUAUAAGAGAGGGCAGUUGGGAUCCAGUUCAAGAAACGCCAGCCCAGAUUUAUUAGAUGAUGUAGAAAUUGGAAGAAGAUAUUGA